AAAUAGCACUAAAAUAAUAAUCUAAAUAACAGAGAAAUUCUUCGCAGAAAUACGUUGGGCUACAUGUCAAUUUAGCACCAACUAAAAAAACUAAAAAAAAAAGAAAAGAAAAGAAAAGGAAUUAGUACACUGACAGUUCCUUCGUACGCCCUAACGGCUAUUGCAACUAACUAACUUUCUUUUUUAAUUUAAUUUUCAUUAUCCCUUCAUUUCCCAAUAUGAAUUUCUCCCUAAUAUGUUUAAUUAACCAAUCUCGAUCUUAAUCAAUUUUCAAUUUCGAAUUAGUAAAGGUUGGGAAAAUGGGGAGGAGUAGAUCAUCGUCGGCGAAUAUGUGGAAGUACAUGAAUCCAUCUUAUUAUUUGAAACGCCCACAACGUCUUGCUUUGCUUUUCAUUGCUUUCGUAUUCGCUACUUUCUUCUUUUGGGAUCGACAAACUUUAGUCCGUGAUCACCAGGAAGAGAUCUCCAAGUUGCAUGAAGAAGUGAUGCGAUUGCAAGAUCUGCUGGAAGAGUUGAAGAAUGGUCGAAGUAUAGCAGGUGAAAAGCCUAAUUUUAGUCGCAGUGGUGAUGAUGUGGGGAAGAAAAUGAAUUUCUUAGAUGAUCCCGUUGAUGCUCAGCGGAGAGAAAAAGUGAAAGAUGCUAUGCGUCAUGCCUGGAGUUCAUAUGAAAAAUAUGCAUGGGGCCAUGAUGAACUUCAGCCGCAAACAAAGAAUGGUGUUGACAGUUUUGGUGGUCUUGGUGCAACAUUAAUCGAUUCUCUUGACACUCUAUAUAUCAUGGGCUUGGAUAAGCAGUUUCAGAGAGCUAGAGAGUGGGUUGCAAACUCCCUGGAUUUCAACAAGGAUUAUGAUGCCAGUGUUUUUGAGACAACCAUAAGAGUUGUUGGUGGACUUCUUAGUGCGUAUGAUCUCUCUGGAGAUAAGCUUUUCCUAGAUAAGGCUCAAGACAUUGCUGACAGACUGUUGCCUGCAUGGAAUACACCCACUGGCAUCCCUUACAACAUUAUCAACUUGUCACAUGGGAAUCCACAUAAUCAUAGGUGGACUGCGGGUUAUAGUAUCCUGGCAGAUUCUGCCUCUGAGCAGCUUGAAUUUAUUGCGCUUUCACAAAGGACAGGAGACCCGAAGUAUCAACAAAAGGUGGAGAAGGUUAUCUUAGAACUUAGUAGAAAUUUCCCAGAUGAUGGUUUGCUUCCAAUACACAUUAAUCCAGCGGGAGAGGAGGUUGAGUUUGUAUACUCCACUAUAACGUUUGGGGCCAUGGGGGACAGCUUUUAUGAGUAUUUACUCAAGGCCUGGAUACAAGGAAACAGAACAGCUGCUGUGGGACGCUACAGAAAAAUGUGGGAGACAUCAAUGCAAGGUCUUUUAAGCUUGGUGCGGAGGACUUCUCCAUCAUCUUUUGCUUAUAUUGGUGAGAAGCUUGGAGAUCUUUUAAACCACAAGAUGGAUGAACUUGCGUGCUUUGCUCCAGGAAUGUUAGCUUUAGGUUCUUCUGGUUAUGGUCCUGACAAGUCUCAGAAGUUUUUAUCACUGGCAGAAGAGCUUGCUUGGACUUGCUAUAACUUCUACCAGUCAACUCCUACUAAGUUGGCAGGUGAAAACUAUUCCUUUGGGAAAAGCCAGGAUAUGACUGUUGGCACAUCGUGGAACAUACUACGGCCAGAAACGGUCGAAUCCCUGUUUUACCUCUGGCGUUUGACUGGAAACAAGACAUACCAAGAGUGGGGUUGGAACAUAUUUCAGGCUUUCGAAAAGAACUCGAGAAUAAAAUCUGGAUAUGUUGGACUUAAAGAUGUUAACACUGGUGUUCAAGACAAUAUGAUGCAGAGCUUUUUUCUCGCGGAGACUCUAAAGUAUCUCUAUCUUCUUUACUCACCCUAUUCAAUCAUUCCCCUAGAUGAGUGGGUUUUCAACACAGAGGCUCACCCUAUCAAAAUUGUGACCCGGAAUGAUCGAGCAAUGAGUUCUGGAGCUGGAAGGUCCUCAGUAGGACAGCAAAAAUUAUACAGGCGGCCACAGAGCAGGAGAGAAGGCCGAUGGUAAUAAGUAGGUUCUCACAGGUCCUCACUAGUUUAGUUGUUGAUUCAGUAUUAUGGGAUUCAAUUGCUAUAUUACUUGGCACUUAUUCAACCAGAUUAGCGGGAUUUAUUGGACUGAUGCCAAAGUUGGGAGGAAAUGAUCUCCUGUGACCGCUUACGCUUACACGUGAUGAGUACGUUAACAUAGCUAUUUUUAGUUUUAUUUCUUACAUUUCCUUAAAACUGCCAAAUGUAUUCUAGUAGAGGGCAUUUGGUUGCGGGUGUAGCUCUACGAUUUUUGGGGUUGACGAGUAUUUGUAUAUCAUACUUCAUACCUUGUUAUUCUUUCAAAAGAAACUAGAUACUGGCAUGGGCUCAAUAUGCUACUUUUCAGAUACUAUAUGUUAUUUUUUUAUUUAAAUUUAUAUGAUACUGAUUAAUAUUUGUGAAAG